AUUUACGCAAGUAUCUGCAUAAUAAAAUAAGAAGUUACGCUAAAUUAUAAAAUUAGAAGUUUUGAAUAUGUCCAAAUAUCUGCUAAGUGGAAUUAAAAAUUCGAAUACUGUUUACCGCAGUUUCAUUGAAUUAAGAAAAGUAUGUUUUUCUUCAGUACGCAACAACAAUAUCAUUAAUAAUGGCCCUAGAGAGAAGCCUUUAUUAUAUAGCAAGUCUCAGCUAUUACAAUACAACAAAAGGUUUAUGUUUAUUCAAACUCAAGACACACCAAAUCCAGAUAGUUUAAAAUUUCUACCAGGUAAUGACGUCUUGGGAAAAGGCAACACUUACGAUUUUCCCAAUGCUACAGAAGCAUAUUGCAGCCCAUUAGCUAAGUUACUUUUUCGCAUCGAAGGUGUAAGAGCAGUUUUUUUCGGUGCAGAUUUCAUAACUAUUUCAAAACUAGAGGAUUCUGAAUGGGCUGUUAUUAAGCCGGAAGUAUUUGCUGUUGUAAUGGAUUUUUUUGCAACCGGUUUACCUAUAUUAAAUGAGGCGAAACCAAAUUCGGACACCCAAAUCGAAGAGGAUGAUGAUGACACAGUAAUGAUGAUAAAAGAAUUAUUGGAUAGUCGAAUACGACCAACUGUGCAGGAAGAUGGUGGCGAUAUAAUAUAUAUGGGCUAUGAAAAUGGCAUAGUUAAAUUAAAAAUGCAAGGUUCCUGCUCAUCAUGCCCUAGUUCAAUCGUUACCCUGAAAAAUGGUGUACAAAAUAUGUUACAGUUUUACAUACCCGAAGUCGAAGCUGUUGAACAAGUGUUUGAUAAAACCGAUGAAAUGAAUGACAAAGUUUUUCAAAAAAUUGAACAAAGUAUUAGGUUAAAAGAACGAAAUAUGGGACAAACUGAUGUAGAGGAUAAGAAAGCUUAAAUAAACUUAGAUAAGCAGAGUAGUUGCAUACUGUUAUAAUGCUAAAUUUCAAUAUAUUUUGAAGAUAUUAUAGUUAUAUAUAAAACUAACAACAAAGAGAAU